AUGGCUUCAAUCAUGCGCCCGAGCCUCUUGAGGCACGCCGUCCAGCUCCCCGCCGCCUCGCAGCGCUCGCUGUCGAUUGUCACGAGCUCCAGCCUCAACCGCCCGCUCGCCCAGCAGCUGCGACCAGCCUUCCAGCGCUCUGCCAUGCCCACGUCGACGCGCAUUGCCGCCUUUCACGCCACGCAGCGGAACCAGAUCCUGCCUCCGCUGCCCCAGAAGAUCGAGGGCACCACCAACGACCCCACGCCGGUCCCGAACCCAGACUACUCCCACGGCAGCUACCACUGGAGUUUUGAGCGCAUCAUCUCUGCUGGCCUCGUUCCCCUGACCCUCGCACCCUUCGCUGCUGGAUCGCUAAACCCCGUGACCGACUCCAUCUUAUGUGCGCUGUUGGUCGUCCACUCACACAUUGGCUUCGAAUCGUGCAUCAUUGACUACUUCCCCAAGAAGCGCAUUCCCAAGCUGCGCGCCGCCGCCCAUUGGGCUCUUCGCAUCAGCACCCUCCUCCUCGGUGUCGCUCUGUACUCAUUCGAGACCAACGACGUGGGCAUUACUGAGGCUGUAUCAAGGGUAUGGCAUGCUUAG